GUAUGUCAGUCACUGGUUGGGCAGGGAGGGCAAUAGAGCCCCUCGUAUUGUAGCCCUGUUGAGUGGUCUUCGCUUGCUUGUGGUGUUAUCUUUUCAUUUGUCAAGAGACUCAAGACCCCCCUAAUGGUCUAUGGAGUAAAGGACCUGAAGGGUCUCUCUCUGGACUCUGUGUGAAGGGUUGAAGGGCAUUCAUGUUUAGUACUCUAAGGGGUGAUUCAUGGCUGCUUUGCCAGCUUUGCCGUAUAAUAGAGAUUUCUUGGGUUUUGCAUCUCUCUACCUGGUCACAGGGAGUCAUCUGGGUUCUUUUCCAGCUAUUCGUCGGGCAACGACAAGCAUUCAGAGGAUUGUCUAUUUGUCUAUUUGGAAGUAACGUGGUUUUGAGUUAUGGUUGAACGGGGUAGAGAGGCAGAGGAACGUGUGGGUGGUAAGAGGGAGUUAACAGCGGUUUCCCCAUCUACAUAUUACGACAGCCCAUUACCAAUAAGAGAAGCGCCACCAAACUUCCACCUUUAUCCCCCAGCUCUUGCAAAGUAUCAGGAUGUUGUAGCUAAUCCAACGCUCUUCAUGGAUACUCUACAGAAGCUUCAUGCUGCUAUGGAAACCAAAUUCAUGAUACCAACUAUAGGAGGAAAGGAGCUAGACUUGCAUCGGCUCUUUGUGGAAGUGACUUCACGCGGUGGCAUUGAACAAAUCAUUAAAGAGAGGAGAUGGAAGGAUGUAACUGCUGUAUUCAAUUUUCCCUCUACAGCUACAAAUGCGUCUUUUGUCUUGCGCAAGUACUAUGUUUCCUUGCUUCAUCACUAUGAACAAAUCUACUUCUUUCGUGCCAAAGGUUGGACCUCUCCUGUUGCGUCUGUGCAUAUUUCAUCUCCCUCACAAGUUUCAGCUCAAGGAUCAUUUGAACCAGUAAUGGCAUCAUCAGAAGCACAAGCAGCAGAAACUCACAAGCGGCGGAGAACAACUCCGUCAUCAGCAGUGGGUUGUCCGGUGGUUGGAGUCAUUGAUGGGAAAUUUGAACAUGGCUAUCUUGUCACAGUUACAGUUGGCACAGAGAAAUUACGAGGUGUUCUUUACCAUACUACAGACCCCCAAGAUGGCCAAAUGCCACGCUAUGCCAACUUUUUUGAUAACUGUAUUGGUAAAGAUACUGCAGCACCACGCCGGCGACGGCGUCGGAAGAAAUCUGAGAUGAGAAAGCGAGAUCCAGCGCACCCAAAGCCUAACAGAAGUGGUUACAAUUUCUUCUUUGCUGAGCAGCAUGCAAGACUGAAACCACUUCACCCUGGAAAGGAUAGAGAGAUCAGUAAAAUGAUUGGUGAUCUAUGGAGCAAACUGACAGAGACAGAGAAAGCUGUUUAUCAGGAGAGAGGUGUUAAGGAUAAAGAAAGGUACAGAAGCGAGAUGGAAGAAUACAGGGAAAGACUGAGGACAGGCCAAAUUAUUGGUAAUGCGGUUCCAAUCCAGCAAAGAGGUGCUGUGCCAGAGGUAACAAUGGAGGAAGGAGACCUGAAAACAGGAGAGGAAGUUGACUCCCCUCAUAUUGUUGAGGGUGAUAGCAAUUCUGGUGAAACAGGUUCGGAGGACGGAAAUUCUGCGGACAAAGAAAUGGAAAUAGAGGCAUCUUCAGGAGCUGUUAAUGGCACUGAAUCUUCUAAUGCAGCCCCAGGGAUUUUAGCUGAGGAAGAUUGUUUUGAGCUGCAGGGUGAUGAGAGGGAUGGAGAUGCAGAUCAGGUACAUAAGGAUGGAAAUGAGAAUCAAGUGCAGAAUGAUCAGAAAGAUGGUCAUGAGAAUCAGACACAGAAGGAUGGAAACGAGAAUCUGGUACAGAAGGAUGCAUAUGAGAAUCAAAUUCAGAACAAAGAUAACGAUGGAGAUGAGAAUCAGGUGCAGGAUGGAAACGAGAAUCAAACUCAGAAUGAUCACAAGGAUGGAGAUGAGACUCAGGUACAGGAUGGAAACGAGAAUGAAGUUCAGAGUGAUCACAAGGAUGGAGAUGAGAAUCAGGUGCAGGAUGGAAAGAAUCAAGUUCAGAGUGAUCACAAGGAUGAAGAUGAGAGUCAGGUGCAGGAUGGAAAGAAUCAAGUUCAGAAUGAUUACAAGGAUGGAGAUGAGAGUCAGGUACAGAAGGAUGGAAAUGAGAAUCAGGUUCAGAACGAUCAGAAGGAUGGAGAUGAUAAUCAGGUAGAGAAGGAUGGAAAUGCGGAUCAGCUUCAGGAGAUGGAUCAGAAGGAUAGAGACGAGAAUCAGGUAGACGAGGAUGCAAACGAGAAUCAGAUGCAAGGUAAUGUUCAGAAUGAAGUUCAGAAGGAACUGAAAGAUGGAGAAGAAAAUCAGGUUCAAGAUUCAAGCUUGGGUAUGUCUGUGUCGGUACAGGAGGAAAUGGUAAUUACUGAGGAGCAUCAGUACUAGAACUAGAAGAGAAUUCUUUCCUUUUCAGGCAGACUUGGUGGUUAACAUGAUAAUUCUUUCUUUGCUGGGUCUUUUAAUAUGUUUUUUUUAAUGAAAAUUUCCCCUUUAUUUUGUAAAGUUGAACUGCUAUAGUUACAAAUGGCGUUUACUGUUUUUUUGAGGAAAGAGCUCAUUGUUUUGGCAGAUUUUUAGACAAUAUCUUAGUUGAAUAGGUUUUGAUGCAUCA